AUGGCUGGCUUGUGGCGACGAAACAGCCCUUGGUUAGCCAUCUUUGCUGCUGGCAAGUCGGAAGAAGCUCCUGAACUAAUAAGGCUCGAUGUCGAUGACGCGGCAAUCGAGCCAGACGAUGGGGAUGCAAUGGACAUAGCACCGACCAUUGAGCUUAUCAACACUAUCGUGGCGGUAGCUGAAACAAAGCAGCAAACGAGUUUGGUUCUGGGGACUCGCAGCGGCCAUCUGAUAACAGUUCAGCUCAGCGGCGCUGCCCCCUUUCACCGACGUAUCUUUAGGGAAAGGCUUGGCACGGUUGCGCUUGAGGUUCUUCCUGUCGAUGCGCCAUUUCUCCCAAACUCGGUGUUGAUCUGCUGCAACGACACUCUGCUUCUGCUGAGAGACUUCGAGGCCAGGCGGCCAGGCCAGUUCGCCACCAGGCACCGCGUGUGGCAAUCGCAUACCUUUGGUCCUUCUGUCGGGGAGCGUAUAUCCUUCACAGAGCUGUAUCUGCAAGCCGGGCCGGUUCCCAAGAGCCUGCCAUUGCCGGGAACACCCUCCAAGUUGCUAUACUCCCAAACGCUGCAGUGUUUGGUUGUCGCUGUACAGAUCGGACAACAGCCGACCAUCCUAUUUAUGGACCCCGAAACAGGAGAGGAUCUCUCUCUUCCUCAAGACAAACACGGUAACGUAACGACAUUCAUCAGUGGUAUGGGAAGUCUCAACGACAGGAUACAUGCAGUCUAUGACUGGUUGUUCGUAAGGGAUGGGAUGACUUUCCAUUAUCUCAUCAUCACAACAGCAGGUGGGCGCCUCCUGCUUGUGACCCCAAAGAAGGAAGAAAGCCGAGAUCCCGAGGGCAACAGGAGAACGAGGAUACGAUUCUUCACCAAAUACAGGUUGAAGGAGCUUGCGCCCAUAUACUCGAUUGUUGGAGACGGUGACAGCAUCAUUUACUGCGCCGGCAAUGUGCUCCACUGGGACGUUCUUGAUCCCGUCGAGAAGAAGCUCGUUCGGAAAAAGAGUUAUGAGCUGAACUCCCCUGCCACCUCACUGCGGAUAGUCAACGGCAAAAUAUCGGCACUGACUCUGAGCGAUUCCGUAGUGGUCAUUGACCACAAGUCAGAACACGGACAUGGCGAUAUGACACAGAUCCACGCGGACCAGGUAACGCGGAAAUCGAGCCAUUUCUUCGAUGUUGGGGAUAGUACAGACGAACAGCCGGCCUGGCCAGUGACUUUGCUCACUGGCAUGGACCGAUACUUCACGGCAGUGUGGACUCCUUGGAAAGAGCCUCAAAGAGAGUUGGAACUUGUCGCUGAGGGACCGCUACCGGCCAGUGUUAGGAAACUCCAACGGGGCCAUGUGCGGCCGGAGUGGGUUGCAACGGGACAUGCGCCCCGGUACGGCAGCGUACCAAGCACGGUUGACGGGGCUGAGGUGCUUGGUGUCUGCCUUGAUGGAUCGCUUUUGCACUUCAGCCUUCUCAACAUUCAAGCAUGGCGAUUCCUUCGUCUUGUUGAGAACCUGGCCUUGAGAAGUCGAUUGCUGUUUCCGUACAAUUACGAAGUCUCAGUUCUAGAAGAUGAGGAGUACGAUGCGGAGGCAAAGGAGACGCCUAAAUCAAUGAAGCACAUCGAUGGAGACCUGCUUCAGCGGUGCGUCGAUUAUCGGGCGCUGGAGAAGAUUAUAUCGGAGGACAGCGACAUCGACCUAUUGCGGGAGUAUCUGGACGACCUGGAUGACGGAAAAUGGACGGCAUCGUUCCAGGACGCCAACGACUUUUCAAGGUACUUUGAGCUGGCCUACGACAUCUUGGACUAUUACCUAGCUCCUGUUAUCUGA